AUGCCCAGCAAAUCGAAAACGUCGCUGAAGGUACUGCAGUCGCGGCUACGAGGUCUCCAAACAUCGUUCGACAAUAUGUGCAAAUUUAUGGAUGACUACACCGAAGAUACGAAGCUAACCGAGGUUAAAGUGCGACUGGAGAAACUGGACAUACUCUGGGACAGGAUCAACCAGAGUACCGAAGAGAUAGAGGCCCACGAAGAUUCGACAGCCGAGGAAGAAUCUCAACUAGAAGGUGAAGCGUUAGCUGUUAUCGAUUCGCUCCCACUCACCAGGGCGAACUAUAAUGUUGCUUGGGAUCUGAUCUGCACUCGCUAUUCCAAUUCCAAAAUCCUUCGUAAACGUCAGGUUCAAGCGCUGUUCGAACUACCGGUGGUUAAGAAGGAAUCGGCAACAGAACUACACACCCUUUUGGAAUCCUAUGAGAAGAUCGUGAAGUCGUUGGAUCAGGCAACCCCCCAGGCGACGGAGUUCAAGGAUCUGUUACUGCUGCAUCUACUAAGCUCUCGACUCGAUGGUGCAACAAGAAGGAGCUGGGAGGAACAUUCUUCUACCAAGGACGUCGAUACGGUAAGGGACCUAACCAAUUUUCUGCAGCGGCGAAUUCAGAUCCUGGAGGCACUUCCCACUCGACCGGUUGAGCAGAGAAUAGAAGCUGGUUCGUCGAAAUUUCCAAGGAAACCCAAUGUGGUGAAGGUCUGCAAUACCACUCUCCAACCAUCGGCUCCACUCAAAUGUGUCGCUUGUUCGGAUAGUCAUUUGCUCUACCAGUGCUCGCAAUUUCUAAAACUACCUGUUUCCGAGAGGGACGGACUACUGCGUUCGCACUCGUUGUGCCGAAACUGCUUUCGGCGUGGUCAUCAGGCUCGGGAUUGUCACUCGAAGUUCACUUGUAGGCAAUGCAAGGGCAAGCACCAUACACUUGUUUGCUUCAAGGGGAAGGUUGAAGAGAGAAGGUCAAACCACACCGGCGAAUCUGGUCCGACCACUACCGCAGCACAACCAACCGAAGAGGUAACCAACACCAAAGUGGUUAACGUGGCAACCACUAACGUAGUAUCUUGCAAUUCUGCGUCAGGAUCGUCGACGGGUGUUUUAUUGCUUACGGCGAUGGUUCUUUUGGAGGAUGAUAGAGGUCAAACCGUACGUGCGCGGGCACUUUUGGAUAGCGCAGCGGAAUGCAACCUUAUCACCAAACGUAUGAGGAAACAGCUGGUAGUCAAGGAGGAUUCCAGCAUGGUCGAAGUUGUAGGCAUUCAUGGUACAUCUAACAAGGUUCAUGGCAAGGUCACGGUGACUGUUCGGUCUUGUAUUUCCAAUUUCGCCCAGGGUAUGGAAUUUUAUGUGUUGCCCAAACUUUCUGCUCAACCAGGAAUAGCGUCCGUUGACCCCAAAAAUUGGAACCUACCAGCUGGCAUUGAAUUAGCGGACCCACACUUUCUCAAGUCUGAACCGAUCGAUCUGGUGAUAGGAGCAGAGUUCUUUUUCGAUGUGUUCGUUACCGGUCGGCGCAUAAGUCUGGGUGAACAUUUGCCUCUUUUAGUCGAUUCUGUUUUCGGAUGGAUAGCUACAGGCCGAUACCCAAUAGAUGGUCCAAUUACCUCUGUGUUAUGCGAUGUAGCAACUUCGAGUCGACUAGAAAAGAUGAUUGAGAAGUUUUGGGAGUAUGAGGAGGUUGGUUUGGGGAACAACAUGUCACCGGAUGAAGCCAAAUGUGAGGAGUAUUUCCAACGGACAACCCAAAGACAAGCAUCAGGAAGGUAUAUGGUAUCGCUACCAGGAAAUGAAGAAAUGAUGCGCAACCUAGGAGAUUCUAAGGCGACCGCCGAAAGGAGGUUUCUUCAAAUCGAACGACGAUUGAACCGAGAACCAUCGUUACGGGAACAGUAUGUGUCCUUCAUGGAGGAAUACGAGACACUAGGGCAUAUGUCACGAGUCACCCACGACGAGGAAGGAGUAAAUCGGUGCUACCUCCCACAUCACCCAGUCGUUAAGGAAGGAAGCACUACUACACGACUUGCGACCGACGAGGCCGAGCGAUUCCCACUGGCAUCGGUAGCUGUCAAAAACGACUUUUAUAUGGAUGAUGCUAUAACCGGGGCGAAUGAUCCUGCGACCGCUAAGGAACUACGGAUUCAAUUGGUGGAAAUGCUCGACAGCGGUGGAUUCAAGCUCCGAAAGUUCGCGUCCAACUGUGCAACGGUUUUGGAAGGCAUACCCAGCGAAGACCUUUCAAUCCAAGCGGCGGAUGGAAUCUACUUGGACCCGGAUCCCAUGGUUAAAACGUUAGGACUCAUCUGGAUUCCUCCAACGGAUGUUUUCCGCUUCAAUUUCAAGGCCCCACCCCUCUCAGAUACCCCACUCACAAAACAGAAAAUUUUCUCGAUCAUUGCUACUUUGUUUGAUCCUCUUGGAUUUGUAGGACCAGUGAUUACCCAAGCCAAAAUCAUUAUGCAACUUUCGUGGCAGCUGUUGGACGACAAGGGGCAAAGGCUUGCUUGGGAUUCACCUUUGCCACAAAGGGUCGAGCAAGAAUUCAGAAAAUUCUACGAACACAUUCCCCUACUCAACGAUUUGCGUAUCGAACGAUUGGUAAUAAUUCCCCUAGCUGUGCGAACCCAAUUGCACAUAUUUUCGGAUGCUUCGGAAAAGGCCCUCGGAGCGUGUGUGUACGUCAGAACAGAAGACUCCUCGGGACGAAUCAAGGUGGCCCUAUUAUUGUCGAAGUCUAGGAUAGCACCACUCAAAACACAAACCAUCCCAAGGCUUGAAUUACGUGCUGCAACAUUAGCUGCCGAAAUGUUUUCCCAGGUCACAGAGGCGAUCGAUACUGCUUUCGAUGUUUUCUUCUGGACGGAUUCAGAGAUAGUUCUUCGUUGGUGCGCUGCAACUCCAUCGACUUGGACGACAUUUGUUGCGAAUCGUGUCGCCAAGAUACAACGACUGACUGAAAAUUGCUGCUGGAGUCAUGUGCCUGGAGAGAAGAACCCUGCGGAUCUCAUUUCUCGUGGGAUCCCACCAGAAGAAAUAUUGGACAACCGUCUGUGGUGGGACGUUGAGUGGCUGCACACAACCAUGGAGCAUUGGCCGAAGCAAAAGGAGUUCUCGGCGACCGGAUUAGCGGAGGAAAGACGGCAGGUGGUUUUAUCAUCAACAUCAUCGAAUCCAAGUUUCAUCGAAGAACACAUAGCACGAUUCUCAACCUACACUACUAUGAUUCGUCAAACUGCUUGGUGUCGUCGAUACCUACGCAACCUACGAGAGGAGGCAGGCAAACGCAAGGUCGGACCGUUGACCAUAGAGGAACUGCUACAAGCCGAAUCGAAAAUUAUACAGCGGGUACAAGAGGAGGUCUUCGGCAGAGAGCUAAAAGCCAUUAGCAAGGGAGAGAGUGUACCACGACAAUCGCCCCUUCGCUGGUAUUGCCCAUUUGUCGCGCCUGAUGGUCUGUUGCGGGUAGGGGGGAGACUUGGGAAGUCGGGAGAGUGUGAGGAUGCGAAGCACCCAAUUGUGCUACCAGCUCGUCAUAGCCUAACAAAACUAAUAAUUCGGCAUUAUCAUUUGAAACUGUUGCACGCCGGACCGCAACUCAUAUUGAGCACAGUUCGGCUUCGAUUUUGGCCUCUUGGGGGACGUAAUGUAGCGAGACAGGUCUGCCACGAAUGUAUGCGUUGCUAUCGGACGAAGCCGGCAACUAUUCGUCAAUUUAUGGCCGAGCUACCUACACCGAGAGUGGUUCCAGCAAAACCGUUUUCGACGACAGGGGUCGAUUACUUCGGCCCGAUCUACGUGCGACCCGGAUACCGAAGAGCUGCAGUGAAGGCGUAUGUGGCAGUAUUUGUAUGCUUCUCCACGAAGGCGGUACACCUGGAGUUAGCCACCGAUCUUUCGACGCCCUGCUUCAUCCAAGCAUUGCGCCGAUUUAUUUCACGUCGCGGAAAGUGUGCCCAAUUGUUCUCCGACAACGGCACAAAUUUUGUUGGAGCUAGGAACGCCAUGGAGAAACUCCUACAGAACCUACGGUCCAAGGAGCACAACGAAACAGUAGCGAAGUGGUGUACAGAUGAAGGAAUGCAGUGGAGUUUUAUACCGCCCGGCGCCCCCCACUUCGGCGGUUUGUGGGAGAGUGCCGUACGAUCGACGAAGGUGCACCUACUGAAGGUACUAGGUGACACAGCGGUUUCGUAUGAGGAUAUGACGACCCUCCUAGCCCAGGUGGAGUGUUGUUUAAACUCAAGGCCCUUAACACCCCUUUCUGAUGACCCGGAGGACUUGGAGGCCUUGACCCCAGGGCAUUUUUUGGUCACUACAUCACUGCAAGCGUUACUGGAAGAGAAUUUGACCAAUAUAUCACCAGGGAGACUACAACACCGAGAGCUGAUUCAACAGUGUCUGCAAUUUUACUGGAAGCGUUGGAGGUCCGAAUAUUUAACCCAACUGCAGGCCCGGACCAAAUGGUGGCAACCGCCCCAGGAAAUCAAGACCGGGAGUCUGGUGGUGAUCCGUGAUGAUAAUCAGCCACCAACACGCUGGAGAAUGGCCCGUAUUCAUGCCGUACAUCCGGGGGAUGACAACGUCGUGAGAGUCGUCACACUCAAGACAGCCGACGGCUUCAUUAAAAGACCGGUCACCAAAAUUUGUAUCCUGCCGGUGGCCAAUCCAGCCGAAACAGAAGCAGCAGAUCCGAAGGAAACUACUGAAACUCCGGCUGUUUCAGGGGAGGGGAGGAUGUUGGAGACACCCUAA